CUCUACCCGUAGCAGAGGAAGAUAAAUACUGUUGCUGGGUGAAAAAUCUUUGUUUAUUUGUUAAAAUGAGCAAUAAAUCGUCCAAAACUAGCAGCGCAGCUAGCAGCAUGCUGUAUGGUUCCAGCAUGUCAGCAGAAUCAAUGAAAGUAAUAGCCGAAAGCAUCGGAGUGGGCUCUCUAUCCGACGACGCCGCCAAAGAGCUGGCAGAAGAUGUUUCCAUUAAGCUGAAGCGCAUUGUACAGGAUGCCGCCAAAUUCAUGCACCAUGCCAAGCGCCAGAAGCUGUCGGUCAAAGACAUAGAUAUGUCGCUUAAAGUGCGCAAUAUUGAGCCGCAGUAUGGAUUUGUUGCCAAGGACUUUAUACCCUUUCGCUUCGCCUCCGGCGGCGGUCGCGAGUUGCAUUUCACUGAGGACAAGGAGAUCGAUUUAAGUGAGAUAACCGCAAACAGCUCGGUUAAAAUACCACUUGACCUAACGCUGCGCUCACAUUGGUUUGUUGUGGAGGGCAUACAACCCACUGUGCCGGAAAAUCCGCCACCCCUCUCCAAAGACUCACAGUUCCUGGACUCUGUGAAUCCUGUUAUUAAACUGGACCAAGGACUCAAUAAAGAUGCCGCCGGAAAACCCACCACUGGCAAAAUACACAAACUUAAGAACGUGGAAACAAUACACGUCAAGCAGCUGGCAACGCACGAGUUAUCUGUGGAACAGCAGCUGUACUACAAAGAGAUCACGGAGGCCUGCGUCGGGUCGGAUGAGCCGAGGCGUGCAGAAGCGCUCCAAUCGCUUGGUUCUGAUCCCGGGCUACACGAAAUGCUACCUCGCAUGUGCACAUUCAUUGCUGAGGGCGUCAAAGUUAAUGUCGUCCAAAAUAAUUUGGCGUUGCUAAUUUAUUUGAUGCGCAUGGUGCGCGCCCUUCUGGACAAUCCAUCGCUUUUCCUGGAGAAAUAUCUACAUGAACUAAUACCCUCUGUGAUGACCUGCAUUGUAUCCAAACAGCUGUGUAUGCGCCCUGAGUUGGACAAUCAUUGGGCAUUGCGUGACUUUGCCUCCCGCCUUAUGGCGCAAAUUUGCAAAACAUUCAACACGCUUACAAAUAACCUGCAAACGCGUGUUACGCGGAUCUUUAGCAAGGCUCUGCAAAAUGAUAAAACCCAUUUAUCAUCGCUCUACGGUUCCAUUGCGGGCCUCUCGGAGCUGGGCGGUGAGGUUAUUAAAGUGUUUAUUAUACCACGCCUCAAGUUCAUCUCGGAACGCAUCGAGCCACAUUUGCUGGGCACCUCGAUGAGCAAUACAGAUAAAACGGCCGCUGGCCAUAUACGUGCCAUGCUCCAAAAAUGCUGCCCGCCUAUACUGAAGCAAAUGCGCGCAGCCCCCGACAUUGCCGAAGAAUAUAAAAUAGAUUUUGGUUUUUUGGGACCUUCCUUGUGCCAGGCUGUGGUCAAGGUGCGCAAUGCACCAGCCAAUAGCACCGUCACGUUAUCCUCAAGCAGCAUCAACACGGCGCCCAUAACAAGUGCCGCCCAAACUGCCACAACCAUUGGACGCGUGUCCAUGCCCAACUCACAAAGACAGAGCCCUGUUGUUGCCGCCCUGCCACAAAUACGCGCCAUACAGGCGAAUCAACCGGCACAAAAGUUUGUGAUUGUUACACAGAAUUCACCACAGCAGUCACAGGCGAAGGUGGUGCGCCGUGGCAGCUCACCGCACAGUGUGGUGAUGUCAUCGUCUUCGGCGAAUGGCGCCAAUGCCUCAAAUUCAAAUUCAUCCUCAGCGGGCAGUGCUGGCGGUGCUAAUAGUUUGCUAACAGCGCGCAGCAAUGAUAAUAGCAUUGUGGAUGCCAAUUCGUUGAUCAUUGAAACGGAAAUAGUGCGCGCACCGCCCGAACUGGAUGAUUUAUCGCAUCUGGAAUAGCCUUAUUCUCACCUCUCGCCCCCUUUAUUAGUCAUUUAAGUGCAAAACCCUAGUUUAUACAACAUAUGUAAUAAACGGCAUUAACAAAAAGCUACCC